CUCGCAAGCGAAGGUCGUGCUGCCGCUGCCAUUCGAAAAUCGUGAAGUGCUCCCGCGAAGAGUAAGAGAAUCAAUAGAGCUGCAAGCGCAGAAUUCGGUCGUCACGUCGUGAGUCUCCUUCACGGGUCUGCCAAGCGAUUUCCACAAACGCAGUGGUGGAGCUGAGUUGCGGGCGCAAAUGUGCGAUUAUCUAAUCACUCGCCGAAUCGGGCAAAUGCGAGUGUGACAAGCGCCAAGAAGUGUGACUGAAGAAGAAGUUUUGGACAAGAGAAGAAAAUCCUUUGAGAGAAAUUUCGGGGUGAAGUUUUUGAGUUUGUGCCGAUCUGUUUUGGGAAUUUCUUAUCCGCCCAUUACACUUGUUUGGAAGUUUGUUCUAUGUUUAUCGCGCAUAGUUUUAUGAUUUACACUGGUGUGUUUGUUUGAGCAUCUUCUCGGUUCUUUCCUGUUUUCUAUCUCUUGAGUUUUAUCUUGAGUUUGCUGAGAUAUUGAGAGAGAUAUAGCCAUAGAUGAAAAUGGUGUCUAGUGAUUGUGUCCUGUGGAUCACGAUCCUGUGCUCGCUGGCCACGCUGGCCGCGGCCAGGACCAGCUCUGGCCUGCACUCGGAGCAGUCGGCGCCGCCGUCCAGAGUGCAGCAGUGCCGCGAAGGAUGUCUGGAAAAGUUCGCCACGGAGGAUUUCGCGUGUCUGCAAGGACCUGAGUGCUCAAUGUGCUGGGACCAAUGCGCCACGGCCCCGUCCAAGAUCAACACGUCAAUCCAGGAGGCCUGGCCACUGCGCAUCAUCGCGAUGAUCCGGCAGGGAUCGCUGGUGUCGGCGGACGUUGCCUGGCCCACGAUGAGCGCGCCUAGUCAGUGUCUCGUCACAUGGGAGGUCUCCGGAGGCGGUCUGAUGGGUAACCUAUUGACCGACUCGUCUAGUGUGCAGCUCUCGCUCUGGCCAGAGACCAAGUAUCGAGUGCAGGUCACGUGCAAGAACAAGAAAACCGAAGCCAUGACGCGUUCCUUGCCACUCACGCUGGACACCAGCCAGGCUCUGGUGAUGAUUAGGGUGCAAUCGUCGUCAACAGGCGCUCCGCCGUCGUCCACGACGCGCAUCGAGUCCUCGUCGCGCAACAAUCAGGACACCACGAGUCACAGGAGUUCGGAGGAGGAGGAGGAUCUGGACGACAGCGACGAGGAGGACUACAAUGACAUCUUCAGCGACAGGCGCGGCCAUCGGGCGGCGGCCACGUUCUGGGGCCUGUACGAGAGCCAGAAAGAAGUGACGCUCGGCGUGUCGGCGGCCAUUGUGGUCUUCCUGAUAAUCGUGGCGGUGUUCCUGGCCAACAUGCGGCGGACGCGAAGGGACGACAAGGAGUCCCUGAUCGACAAUGAGGUGGGUGUAGAUUUCCUCCCGCCGCCCGCCACCACUCAAACUGUCCACGUCUAACACGCUCCAUGGCGUCCUUCACUCCAUUAUCCAGCCAAGCCUGGAUAAAGAUGGCGGAGCACCGCGACGUGCUGUAUGAUCAAACAGACCAAAAGUUCCGAAUUUGUGUAUAAAAGAAUCUUCUCUUUUUUCCCCUCCUUAGAAAGCAUCAAACUCGCGUACUUCAGUAUAUAUAUAUAAAUGAUAUUUUGCAUUAAGGGACAGACUGACAAGUGACUCUUUUAGGAUAAAGAAAAAAAAACAAUCAAACUCAUUGUCCAUGGGCGAAAGUGUCCGUUUUUGUCUCUCAUCUUCCGGGAUUCGCGAGGAGAAAAGAAAAAGAAAAGAAAAAGCUAGACAGUUUCCAGUUUGUGACAAAUAGCGAGAAAAAAAGAGUCCUUUUAGAUAAAUGUGAGUUAUGUUUUUUCUUUUGCUGAAAGUGACUUUGACGAGGUAUAAGUGUGGAUAAUUCAGUAAAUUAAUAAUGAAAAAAAUGACAUUUAGGAGAAAAAUUGAAUCUUUUAUAAACACAUAUAUUUUAUGCGCGAAUGAAUGUGUGAAGACAUGCAAGCGUUUAGUGUUAAGUAAAAUAUCAGUAAAUAAACUAUAAAUAUGCAAGAGACAGUAGUGAUUUGUGUAAUAUAAGGAAGUAAUUGAGGGGUACUUCUUACCGUAAUUUAACAGAUAAUGAGACAGACGUAAAAUAUCUUUAACAAAACAUAGACAUUGUUCUGCAGAAAUACACACAAAAUGAGUGAGAUUAUGCGAUAAAAGACAGUCAAAACACAUCAAGUGUUACUGUUUUACAAUACUCAAGGGGGAGAUAAUAUGCCUUAAAGCUGUACACCACUUCAAAACACUUCUAGAACAUGAAAUUUGUAGUCUGAAUUCAAUAUUUCUGCAAGAAUUGUGUUUAAAUCGCUGUUUUUGGGCCUCUUUUCCUGCCAUAACCUCAAAAAUAUAACUAAGAAAUCCUCAAAGACUUCAUUUGGAAGUUUUCUAAAUCACCAAAUCCUAGAUUCACAGUCAAAAUCAUCCAAGAAGUUGUUUAAAUGGGCAUUUUUCAAGUCCAAAUGACUAUUUUUGAGGUUAUGUUGAAUCUUAGCACAAUUUGCAGUGUUUUUUAGGCAUCAAAGGAUAAAAAACACUGUAAUUGUUUGAAUUAUUCACUAACUUUGUCCUUAAUUCGUAACAUAACCUAGAAAAAGAUUAUUUCGUUCCUUUCUUCGUGAAAAUCGAAUGAAAUUCAGAGAAUUUGGAUGAUUCUGAAUUAAAUAUUGUUAGUUUUUCCAACACUUCCACCUCUUAAGCUGUAUUAUCUCUCCCUUGGCAAUACUUUAUCCUUGGAUAAAGAGGUUGAAUUAUCCAGAGGCUUUGUUAAAAUAUCUGUUAAGUCGAGUUGGAGCGCAUUAUUUGGUAGAAAAACUAUCAGAAAAGGAUGAAAAUAUGAGCGGAUAUUACAAAUUGUUUUUUUUCAAUUGCGACUUUAGACACUUCUUGGCACUUUUGUCGGUGGUUUGCUUGAGGAGAAGGAUGAGUUGUUGGGUGAAAAAUCACAUUUUCCUCCUGUGCGCACGGGAAUUUCACCGACAAUCCGGCUGUUGAUUGACGUGCAAACAAAAAAUAAUUAAUUGUCUAAAUAUAUAAAAAUCCAUUAAACAAACAUCGUCAUUCACUGGCUUGGCUGUCGUCAGAGGGAAUUUCGACUUAUGAGGGACGAAGACAUGUUUCAAAUGAGGAGAAAAAAAGAAAGAAUGAAAGAAAGAAGAGAGAUUGAGGAAAAGGGAACGUAAGACAAGAGAGAAUCGCAGUUGAACCGGCAGCUCAGCAUCAUCAAAAGUAUCAAGACGAUGCGCAGCAAUCGUGGGACAAGAAGUAAGAAGAGAAAAAAAUACUUCAACGUGAGAGAAAAUUAAUGAUUAUCCAGCGCAAGAACAAUAAAUUCAGCCAAAUUUCACCGAGAGAGAGACACAGAAAGACAAAUGAAUGCACAGUUGGACUUUUCGUGAUUUUUCAUCAAUUUGCGCCCUCUUUGGCGGGGAGUAAAUGGAAGAAUUUUGUUCUCACUCAUCCUCGGAUAAACUGUCACUUAAUCCUCCCACACUCAUUUCGACAUAUCACACCACAGAAGCGCCCAAUUCACAUUGAAUUGGCCGCGCUCAGUCCAGGAAAUUACUUUGUGCGGAAGUGGCCGAUAAAUUUGCCAUCGGAAAAUGAAGUUAUCGGAAUGUCCUGAGUGAAAAUUUACCCCUUGAAUUUGUCCAAAAUUUGCCAAAAUUCUAUAUUUUGUGUGUCACAGCGUAAAGAUGGUGAGAUUGUCGCGUUUAAUAUGUAGAAAAUGUAUUGCAUAUAAAGUUACAAAAUAGGGAUGUAAUUUAUGGUUAAAAAUUUCGGUCUUUAAAGCUAACAUUUUAAUGGUAAUUUGCGCAGAAGAUUACAGAAUGAUGCAAAGCAAAUGGUUAGGGAUUAGAGGCGAAAGAAAAUUAGAGAAGGAAAAAUGUACAUAACAUAAAAAAGGAGAAGAAAAUCAAGGAGAAAAGCGUGUGAAGUGAGGAAAGAAAAGGAGAAGUUAUUGUAAACGUGUGUGUAAAAAAAAGAAAACUGUAUAAAAUCUUCCUAGUCUAAUUAGUCCACAAAAAGAGUGAAGAAAAAAAGGACGGUGGAAAGUUUAUGAAGAGCGUGGAAUAAGAGAAUAAAUUAAAUAUUGAGAUAAGAGAACAUAAGUGAGACAGUUGAUGAAUUAUUUAACAUACUGAGAGAGAAAUAUUUCGCUUCUAACGAUAAAAAGGAGAAAAAAAAAACUUCUUGAUUGAAACUUUUUCAUUGUUCGAAAAGAAAAUGUGUGUGUGAGUAAAGACGAAAAAAAAAAUGUGUUGUUUCUCAUUCACCACCCAAAGGUUUUCCCUCCCCCCGCCCCCGCCCACUCAUGAAAAACUCAACAGAUCUGUACAGAGAGAGAGAGAAGUUAAGCAGGAAAAAAAGUCAAAAAAGAAAGUUUGCAAAACUCAAUUUUCUUUAUAUAAAAAUUGUUACAAGAGACGAUUUUUGCGCCCAAAGCAAUAAAUUAAAAUUAGCAAAACAAUCGACUGGCUUUACUAAGGGAUGAAAAGUGUAUUGUAACUUUGUCUAUCUAUCUCUGUUAUUGUUGUAAAAUUCUGUGAGCAUGGAAAAUUCGUAAUGAGGUGAAUCGGAUGGAAGAAGUUUUUGCUCAAAAGAAGAAGACAAAAAUCUUCAGACACAACGAAACUGAUUCUAAAAUAAGCCGCACUUUUCAUGACAUCUCAAUUUUCCCUUCUGCCCAGACAAGCCCAAACGUCAUUAUAGAAGCCAAAAACAAGUCCAUCCAAUACGAAUUCAUUUUGAGAAAAUCUCUUUUUUCGGAGCUUAAUCAACAAUGAGUGAAAGAUAUAGAAAUUAAUCAUGAUGAAUUUUACUGUAGAUUGUACAACUAAAGUAGGCUGACAUUCCAUCUUAAGAAACACUUUUUUCCAACACACACAACAACUUAUUUUUCAACUGCAGAGCAAGAAAAAUUACAGAAGCGAUAAUAUUUGUGAAAAUAUUUCUCUUCAUUCUUUUGCUCGGAAGCAAACAAUUCGUCCUUUUUUAAGAAAAAGAAAAAUAUAAGAUAACACAUGUGAAGACGAGAAAUAUAAUCAUUUAUGUUAAAGAGGAAUAAAAUUGUUUCACAGUCUUAAUAUUUGUAAAAAAUAAGAAGAAAGAAAAAAUACUUUUUCCUAGGUAACAAUUAAGAAGAAGAAAGAAAAAACACAGAAAAAAAGCUUACAAAAAGAGGUAUUAAUACAGUGUAAGAAAUUAAAAAAAGGAUAUUAUUAAUUAAUUAAUCUUAUAUAAAUUAUCUUAUAGAUAUUAAAGAAAAAAUUAUUCGUAAACAGUGGAAGAUCGAUUAAGAGAUUGCAUUUGAAGAUUAAACUACGACGUAAGACUGUAAAUAGUGAGAAAUUGCGACAGUAGAGAGAAAGAUAUUAAUUAUUGGGGUGUAAUAAGUUAAAGUGACAAGAAAACAGUGGACAUUUUCUGUAAUUUCAACAAAACAUUGCGAGUGUCACAGAGGAGAAAUAUUGUAAUGAAAAGGAGUGAUGAGAAAAUACAGAAGAGAUAGAAAAAUAA